AUGUUCUCUCUACUUAUUAUUCUGAUGUUUCUUAGCGAACAAGUUUCAGCUCAAACUGCAAAUGAUAAACUAGCAGCGUGUUGUGCUCAUGAUCCACAAAUUGACCCAGGAUGUGCAAGCAAAUAUUGCAAUUUCGGAAACAUCAAUCAGUUUAUGAACGUUCUCCCACUGUGUCGUGCUUUCUGUGAUGCCUCGAAAGCUGUUCCAACCGAUAUGCUUAAAUAUGGAUUCUGUACUGCUGAAUUCGAUAAGUACCGCCUUUGUUUCCGUACUCAUUUGAAGCAUCACAAGGCAAUUCGUUCUUAA